AUGGAACAAGUGAUUGUAGUCGGUUUAGAUGAUAGCGAACAAAGUUAUUACGCUCUUGAAGAAACUAUUGGUUACUAUCAAAAGCAAGAGAAAUCAGAAAAUAGGAUGAUUAACAAAGAAAGACAAAAGUGGGAAAACGGCAGCGAAUUGUUUCCAGAAUAUAAAUUCAAGAUCGUUGUUGUUCAUGCAAAACAUAGACCUAACGGCCAAGAAGAUUUGCAAGAUCAGGUGGAUAUUCUUGAAAAGAGAUCGGAAAAAAUAAUCAAUAGGGCCAAAGAGAUAUGCAGCAGUCGAUCGGUUGCGAAUGUGCAAAUGGAAGUAAUUGAGGGCGAACCAGGGCCUGUAUUGUGUGAUGCUACAAUGAAACACAAGGCAAAGAAAUUGGUCGUGGGGUGUCGAGGUUUGGGGAGCUUAUCGUUGUCGGAGGAUAAGAAAUGGGUCGGCUUAGGAAGCGUUAGUUUCUACUGUGUAACUAACUGUAAAUCUAGCAGGCCAGAGGUUAUGCGGAAGGUUCAGAUCAACAACUCAGCAUACGAGCUGGCUAGCCAGAUGUAA